CACACACACAGCGAAACACGCUCCGGAGUAGCAACGUAGCAGUGUCCACGGCACGGAUGUUCGAGCGAAUGGCCGCACGAAGGCAAGACCGACACGAUAUCGCGCACAGAUUGAACGGAUUCUGCUGGAGUAGGAACGGAUUUCGGGGGACACCCGCGGUCCCGGUACGUGGUUCGGUUCGCAAUGGUUUUGAAGUGUGCCGUGCUGCAAGUGAUGGACACGCUCGCUCCCACACGGAUUCGGUUGUCCUUUUCUAGCCGUGCGCGUUUCAGUAAUCCGCUCCGGGCAGAACAGCUCGAAACAAACCGUUGGAAAAUUAUCGUUUCUUUUAUAAGAAGGAGAAAAGGAUGGCUUAUUUUUGAAUGUCUAUCGUGUGCGAUCAAAAAAACAUCCAACUUUUCCGACAACCCAAAGGCGGAUCGAAUCCGGCAAAACAAUGUCCUGCGUUUAUGGUAUCUGUUUCUAUACUUCAUUUCGAUUGCAAAACAGCUGAUCAACUGGAACGAAGAUCUCCAGAAGUACUAUUAUUGUAUCAAGCGGUAAUCCUGUUUGUUUUAGGACCACACGAAGCAGCCACCCGAAUUUGCCGCUCUGCGCUCUUUUCUGAAUGGACAUCUGACACUAGGCGACACGCUUCAAGAUGAGCAGUCAGAACAGUGGUAUCGCUGCCAGCCAGCAUUCCAACGGCUGCAUGGCACGCACACAGGAGAUCGAACUAACGGCCCGCUUUUCGAUGCAAAUGGCCCAACUCUGCAUGUCACCGGACUACUCGGACGUAACGUUCAUCGUCGAGAAACAGCGUAUACCGGCGCACCGUGUCAUCCUAGCGGCCCGAAGCGAAUACUUUCGUGCACUGCUGUACGGUGGAAUGCAAGAAACCAGACAGGACGAAAUCACUCUCCACAUCCCACUGACCGCGUUCAAAUCGUUACUGAAAUACAUCUACUCCGGCAGCAUGUCACUGGUGCACAUGAAGGAGGAACAUCUGCUCGAUACACUGGGGCUAGCAAAUCAGUACGGAUUUGCCGAUUUGGAGAUGGCCAUUUCGGACUAUCUGCGGCAGGUACUUUCCCUCAGCAACGUGUGCGCCAUCCUAGACGCUGCCCGGUUGUUUGCGCUCGACGGUUUGACUACCGUGUGCUACACGUUUAUGGAUCGCAAUGCAUCGGAAAUACUGCAGCACGACUCAUUUCGCAACCUGUCGCUGGAUUCGCUUAGCAGUCUGCUGAUGCGAGACUCAUUUUUUGCCCGUGAGGUGGAAAUAUUCCAAGCCGUGUACGAUUGGUGCCGGUGCAACGCGGACAACGUGGAAAAUGUGGAUGGCGUCGUGGAAAAGGUGCGCUUUGCACUGAUGUCACUGGAGGAACUGUUGACCGUGGUGCGUCCGUCCGGUAUACUCGAUCCGGAACGGUUGCUGGAUGCGAUUGCGGAGAAGGUGUCCUCCAAGCAGCUACCCUACCGUGGUGCACUGUGGCCGGAAGAGAAUGUCGCAACACACAAGUUUAACUCGCGCACCAUUCAUGGCGAAAUACGGUCCGCGCUGCUGGACGGUGACACGGUAUCGUACGACAUGGAGAAAGGUUACACGCGGCACUCGAUCGGCGAAAAGGGCGACGGUAGCGGAAUCAUUGUCGAGCUGGGCAAACUGUUCAUCAUCAACCACAUCAAGGUGCUGCUGUGGGAUCGUGACACUCGCUCGUACAGCUACUACAUCGAGGUGUCGGUCAACCAGCGCAACUGGGAGCGAAUCGUGGAUCACACCAGGUACUACUGCCGCUCCUGGCAGUUCCUUUACUUUCCUGCCCAAGCCGUUCGCUUUAUACGACUCGUCGGCACGCACAACACGAUGAACAACGUGUUUCACGUCGUUGCACUGGAAGCCAUGUUCACCGAAACAACCACACCGGUAGUGGACGGAAUUCAGCAACCGACGUACAACGUAGCCACGGUCGAACGUAGUGCCACCGUGGUGGAAGGUGUAAGCCGUACGCGAAACGUGCUGCUGAAUGGCGAGGUAAAGAAUUACGACUGGGAUUCGGGUUACACGUGCCACCAGAUCGGUACCGGCGUAAUACUGAUACAGCUAGGCCAACCGUACUGGAUCGAUUCGAUGCGGCUGCUACUGUGGGACUGUGACAAUCGUUCGUACAGCUUCUACAUCGAGGUGUCGGUCGACAUGAAGGAUUGGGAGGUGGUGGUGGACAAGCAGUCGGAGCAACUACAAUCCUGGCAACACUUUUCCUUCCUCCCGAAGGUGGUCGUUUACAUACGCAUCGUGGGGACGCACAACACGGCCAACGAAAUGUUUCACUGCGUACACUUCGAGUGUCCAUCGCAGGAUCCGGAAUUUUUAAGCUGCGAACGAAGCAUUUCCGUACCGGCCAUCGAACUGUCGUCGGCUGUGGUGGAUGAACCGGAGGCGGACCAGGAUAGCACACCAACCGACUGAAGCCGGUGCAGUGGUGGGCGCCCAUAAACAAAAUCGUACUUAGCUUCACCGGUCGUUGCACGUAGCAGAUAGAGCAGAAUAUCUUCCACAGCAAGGGAAACAAAGGAAGCGCAACACACAAAUCUCCUCCUCCGUACUGAUUAUAUACUUAUUGGCUGCUAAAUUAUUACAAAAGAAAACGAAAAACGAACGUACACUGAACGUAUAGAAAUCUGUGAUCUAUCCGGACGCUCACAGCCGACCGAUACUCCAAGUGUGGGAUAUUGUGAGUGUGGUUUAUUUUGCUAUAUGACCUGAUGUAUUACAAAAUUAUACUAGAGACGCAAAUAAAAGCAUCGUGUAUUAGGGCGAUUUUCUCUUUAUAGAAACACCUACAAA